AUGGUCGUGGCCGAGUUGGGCCUUGCGUAUACGCCAAAACUUCCGAGAAUGAUGCGCACUCACUCGGUGUUUUAUAUGGGUUUGCUUAAGCCGUACCUGAAUCCGGCGCAAUUGAACGCGGAAGCGUUGGCGCCAGGGCUGCACCAAGAGGCUGGGCCAGCGACUAGUUUUGAGUACGGAGUGCAACGAUUUCCGUUUUCAACAGCGCCAGGCGCUCAUCCGACACACGGAGUGACGAAUUCGUCUGCUCGACGGCCAGGAGCCGCUCCGACAGAGCGCGAUAGUGCUCAACGUGAUGCAUUCGGUGUACAAAGUGCUUCAAGCUCUCGAGGCUUUCCACACAGCGGUAUGCGACAUGGGCAAGAUGCUCAGCAGAGCUCCGAUGGCGACGGACCUUGUCCUGGUGAACUCGAAGAGCACCGCGAGUCACCGGACGGCGGUCGACCCGGUCGUCACCGCCCGCCACCGACUCUUCUCGAGGAGAACGGUGAUGUCCACUAUCACGUGGAACGUCUAGUGAGACGACGUCGUCAAUAG